AUGGCGAUCCUGUCAUCGAACAUUCAAUUUUUUCGGUUCUGUCUGUUCGUUAUCUUUUUCGGAUUUCCGACAACUCUGAAAUGUCAUGUAACUCCGUUAAGAUUCAACUAUUCAAGUUUUGAUUCCAAUGUUCCUGACAUUUUCCGGGAAGGAGACGCAGUUGCUAGCCAACGAGGAAUUGACCUGACAAACAACCUGAAUGAUCAGAAAAAAGAAGGAAGUGUCGGUCGCGCCACGUAUGCAAAACCCUUGCAUCUUUGGGAUAAAUCAUCAGGAAAUUUCACAAAUUUCACUGCCCAAUUCUCUUUUAUUAUCAACUCAUCUCGUAAAUCUGAGUUCGGAGACGGUCUAGCUUUUUUCCUGGCACCAAAUGGUUCAAGGAUUCCUCCUGACGUAAAACCUGGCGGUGGUCUUGCUCUGUCGAUCACUGAUGACGCCGAGCAUGCAUUGAACUCGGACGAAAACCAGUUCGUCGCGGUGGAGUUCGAUACGUUUAGUAACUUCUGGGAUCCUUCUGAUAAUCAUGUAGGCAUCAAUAUCAGGUCGAUGAAAUCGAUUUCUACUGUGUUUUGGCCUAGCAAUGUGAUGAAUGGAAGCAGAACGGAUGUUUGGAUUCGGUAUGACUCUCAACGAAAGAAUCUGAAAGUUAGUUUCAUUUAUCGUAAUCGUUGGAAUAAUUCGCGAACGCGUGGUAGUGUAUCGGCUGAAGUUGAUCUUGCCAAGUAUUUACCUGAAUGGGUUACUAUUGGAUUCUCUGCUAGUUCUGGGUAUUUAUAUGAGGUCAACAGAAUUACAAAAUGGGAGUUUGAUUCGAGUUCUGAAAUUUUAGGUUCGGUCAGCAUCCUGAAUUCUGAACCUGAAGCUAAUCCUGUAAUUCAGAAAGGAAAAAAUAAAAUCAAUAUAGGACUUGUGGCUGGACUGAGUAUUGGAGCUUGUAGUUUGAUAAUUGGAGCGGGUUUUAUUUGGUACGGUUUAAGACGAUGCAAUAGGAAAGAAGAAGAAAUGAAUGAUGAUGAUCUGAUCCUGGAAGUUUCUUUCGGUGAUGAUUUUAAGAAUCACGGGACAGGACCGAGAAAAUUUUCUUACGAUGAAUUGGUUGAUGCAACAAAGAAUUUCUCCGAAGGAGAAAAGCUUGGUGAAGGAGGAUUCGGUGCAGUUUAUAAAGGAUUUUUGAAGGAUCAGAACUCGUAUAUCGCGGUCAAAAGGGUAUCAAGAGAGUCUAAACAAGGAAUUAAAGAAUACGCAGCGGAAGUGAAGAUUAUUAGCCGAAUGAGGCAUCGGAAUUUGGUGAAGCUCGUCGGUUGGUGUCACGAGAAAGAAUUACUACUCAUGUACGAGCUCAUGCCUAAUUGCAGCCUCGAUUUCCAUAUAUUCAAAGGAAAAAACUUCUUGACAUGGCAAAUCAGGUACAAAAUUGCACAAGGAUUGGCAUCUGCACUACUGUAUCUACACGAAGAAGGCGAUCAAUGCGUGCUUCAUAGAGACAUUAAAUCGAGCAAUGUAAUGUUAGAUUCAAGUUUUGAGGCUAAACUCGGGGAUUUCGGGUUAGCCAGACUUGUUGAUCAUUCAAAAGGAACUCAAACCACAAUUUUAGCAGGAACAAUCGGAUACAUGGCUCCGGAAUGUUUCACAUCAGGAAAAGCAAGCAAAGAAUCUGAUAUAUACAGUUUUGGAGUCGUUGCUUUAGAAAUCGCCUGCGGACGAAGAGUUGUCGAACGAGGAUUGCAAGAAAAUCAAGCAAGAUUGGUUGAAUGGGUUUGGGAAUUGUAUGGAAUUGGAAAACUUCUUGAAGCAGCUGACUCUAAACUCUGUGGGGAUUAUAAUGAAUCGGAAAUGGAGAGAUUGAUGAGCGUCGGACUCUGGUGCGUGCAUCCUGAGAGAACAUUCCGUCCCUCUAUACGACAAGUUAUAAAUGUUUUGCUUAAUCCUGAAGCACCUCUGCCAGAUAUUCCAUCAGAAAUGCCUAUACCUGCUUAUACUGCUCCAGUCAAAAUGUCCUUAUUAUCCAUAAUUCAAUAUUACAAUUCUGCUAGCAGUAAUGAAAGGGAAAUCCAGGAUUUAAAUUACGAUAUCAUAACCGAUGAUGAUUCAUUGAAAAUCAUCGCGUGAAGCAUCAUCUCCUUCGUAUUACUUUUGUU